AUGGGAAUCGAAGCUAACCCUGCGAAGAUCAAGGCCUUAAUUGAAAUGAGGUCGCCUAGGAAUGUAAAAGAGGUGCAAUGCCUUACAGGCCGGGUUGCCGCCCUAAACCGAUAUAUCUCAAAGUCCUCAGACAAAUGUAGAGAAUUCUUUGCAGCCAUAAAGAAGGGGCAAAAAUUUGAAUGGACGAUAGAAUGCGAGGCUGCCUUCCUGAAGCUGAAGGAGCAACUUGGGAGCCCGCCACUGUUGGCAAAACAAACGAAGGGUGAGGCCCUAAUCCUUUACCUAGGGGUUUCCGAAUUCUCAAUUAGCGAUGUCUUGAUCAAGGAGGAAGAGCAAGCCCAGCAGCCGGUAUAUUAUGUGAGCAAAAGACUACUCGAUGCUGAAACUCGUUACUCGAAUAUGGAGAAGUUAGCCUACGCACUAAUUUUGGCUUCCCGUAAACUAAGGCCUUACUUCCAGGCCCACAAGAUUGAAGUGCGAACAUCCUUCCCUCUCAGGCAAGUACCACACAAGCCCGAAGCCUCUGGAAGGAUCAUGAAAUGGGCAGUCGAGCUAGGCCAAUUUGAUAUAGAGUACAAGCCAAGGACCGCCAUGAACGGGCAAGUACUAGUUGACUUCAUCCUAGAGUUUUCACCCACUUUUGAAGUUGAAGGGAUGGAAUGUGUACCUGAACCUCAGUCUCCAAUAGCCAUACCCGAGAAUUGUUCCUCUUGGUGGAACUUGUACGUCGAUGGGGCUAUCAAUGAAAAUGGGGCCGGGGCUGGCAUUGUCUUAGUCAGUUCAGAAGGCCAUAAGCUGCAAAGCUCCAUUCACUUCGACUUUAAAGCCACCAACAAUGACGCGGAGUAUGAAGCCCUAAUAUCAGGGCUGAAGCUAGCCUUGGAGAUGAGGGUGGAAAAUAUGAAUGUUUACAGUGAUUCUAUGCUGGAAAUCAAGCUAGAGCAAAUACCAAGAUCUGAGAAUACAGAUGUAGAUGCCCUGGCCAAGUUCGGCUCUCAGAGGGAUGCACACAUGCUUGGGGUGAUCCCCCUCGAAAUCCAGUAUCAGCCUAGCAUCCCCAAGAUUGAAGUCCUGGACGUUGAGGUCGAUGAGUUUGACCUUUGGACAACCUCAAUCCAGGAAAACAUAGCCAACGGAACCCUACCUGUAGACAAGGACGAGGCCAGAAACUGA